AUGGCAACAAACCUUUCCCCACCAACGCUUUUCACACCCUCGGAACUCAAAUCGAAUCCAACCCUAUCAAAAUCCAUCACGCAACUCGUCAACAAAGCGUUCUACCGUUCGUAUGAACGAGAUACGGCGAAAUGGGAUAAUUCGGAAUCGCGCUUUAGCGAUGAAGAGGGGCUUCAUAUGCUGCUUAGUGGGGCGGGCAGCGUUAUCGCAUUGAUCUUUGACGAUGCGGCGAGCGCGAACGAGAACGGUAGCAUCAAUGGCGAAAACACAAGCAUCAAUGGCGAACAGAGCAGAAAGGUCGUCGCAUGCGCCUCCCUCGUACCCUGGAAAGGCGGAUGGGAAAAAGAAGGCUCCGACACAGAAACAGGCUGGGAAGUCAAAAUCGUGUGUGUUGACGGAGAUCCACAGUACCACCACCGUGGUCUUGCUAUCCAACUCCUCAAUUUCCUAGAGCAAUAUCUCAUCGUGAGAGAAACUAUUCGGCUCGAACAAAAGGGACUGCAGGGCCAACGCGUGUUGAGCGUUUGGAUCCUGGCUGCUGAGUGUCUCAACGGCGCGUAUUGGCGUGGUAAGGAAGAAGACGUGGGGGCCGGGGACUUGGAGUUGCAAGACGAGUUUUGA